AGUGAGGGCUGCGUGUCUGCUGAAUUGCCCUGUUGCCCCUCCUCGGGGUCCCGGCGUGCGUGUGACGUCACGCGGCGUGUGGGUCGCUCUCUCCCCUCCAGCGAUCCUCGAGCAUCGGCUCCAGGUUCUCAGUGCGCUCGGGACGGUGCACACACACAUACACACACACACCACACACACAUACACGCGCUCUCUCCCACUGUGCUUCGUCGCGCGCAGCCCAGAGCACGAGCCAUCCUGUAUGGUGGAUAUUCUGCUCCACUCUUCUUUCUUGGGUGAUAUGGGGGAUCAUUCAAAAAAGAAGUCCGGAAUCGCCAUGUGUGUGGGCUGCGGAAGUCAGAUCCAUGACCAGUACAUCCUGAGAGUGUCCCCGGACCUGGAGUGGCACGCGGCCUGCCUCAAAUGCGCCGAGUGCAGCCAGUACCUGGACGAGACGUGCACGUGCUUCGUCCGAGACGGCAAGACCUACUGCAAACGAGACUAUAUACGGUUAUUCGGGAUCAAAUGUGCCAAGUGUAACAGCGGCUUCUGCAGCAGCGAGCUGGUGAUGAGGGCUCGGGAGAAUGUCUACCACAUGGAGUGCUUCAGGUGCUCGGUGUGCAGCAGACACCUCCUGCCCGGAGACGAGUUCUCUCUGCGGGAAGAGGAGCUGCUGUGUCGAGCUGAUCACGGCCUGCUGCUGGAGAGAGGAGCGGCGGGAAGCCCCCUCAGCCCCGCUAACAUCCACUCAGCCAGAGCCCUGCACAUGCCAGAGCCCGUGCCGGUGCGGCAGCCUCCUCACCGGAACCACGUCCACAAACAGUCGGAGAAAACCACCCGCGUGCGCACCGUGCUCAACGAGAAGCAGCUGCACACGCUGCGGACGUGCUACAACGCGAACCCGCGGCCGGACGCGCUGAUGAAGGAGCAGCUGGUGGAGAUGACGGGCCUGAGCCCGCGGGUCAUCCGGGUCUGGUUCCAGAACAAGCGCUGCAAGGACAAGAAGAAGUCCAUACUGAUGAAGCAGCUCCAGCAGCAGCAGCACAGCGACAAAACGAAUCUUCAAGGACUAACAGGGACGCCGCUGGUAGCGGGCAGUCCGAUCAGACACGACAACACGGUGCAGGGUAAUCCUGUAGAGGUGCAGACGUAUCAGCCCCCCUGGAAGGCCUUGAGCGAGUUCGCCCUGCAGAGUGACCUGGAGCAGCCCGCCUUCCAGCAGCUGGUGUCCUUCUCUGAAUCAGGCUCUCUCGGUAACUCCUCGGCUAGUGAUGUGACCUCUCUGUCGUCGCAGUUGCCGGACACCCCCACCAGCAUGGUGGCCAGUCCGGUGGAGACGUGAACACCUCGCGAGCCGUCCUGCCCGCGCACUCGCCUGUCCCAGCAUGCACCGCGCGACGACCCCUGCAUGAGCCCCGAGCGGACCGACCGAGGGAUUACCACACACACACACACACACACACACACACACACACACACACACACACACAGUGGAUCUAACGCUGAAGACACGGAGCAAGGCCUACUUUCCCACACCGUCGACCACCAUGGAUCCAGCUCAAACCAGGACGGCCCCAGGAAUACGAACAAGUUGAGCCACUGUCAAGAACUUUUUUAACGAUAAUGUCUUAGCAGUAUUCCUUCCAGGCAGUCAGUAUGUAGCUCUGUCAUCCACCUCCCGCUGCCCUCACUCACUCACCGAGACCUGAACACUCUGUCUUACUGCGCAUGAUCUCCGAAGACUAUGUAGAAAACAAAAACUACUCUGUAAAAUAUUUUAUCUCGACGGAUGGAGGACAGAUUGUGUUGAACUUCUCGAGAAAACAAAAAAAAAGAAAGAAAAAAAGGAAAAACGUAAGUUAUUGCUAUUUAUUGUGAGGACUUAACCGUCCGCGCGAGAAUUAAGAAAUUACCUUAAAUAAACUAUGUUAAGUGUU